AUGGCUGCACUACAGCGAGUUUUCCAGCUGAGAGUGAGGCAAAGAGAAAGGCAAAGACAAAGACAGAGACGACCACGGAGUACACUAUGUACUAUAAAUGCCUUCAUCAGGCAGCAUCAAAAUCCUCUGGAUAUGCUUGAUGAUAUGGCUGUCAUUCACAGGUACCGUCUGCCACGAGGAGAAAUAGUCCAGGUGCUCAAUGUCAUUGGGCCUCAGCUGAUGCGUGCUACAAGAAGGAAUUUUGCCUUGUCCCCUGAUGUGCAACUCUUAGCUGCUCUGAGAUAUUAUGCAACAGGCAGUUUUCUUCAGGUACUUGGAGAUGGACUUGGACUAAGUAAACCAUCUGUGUCCAGAGCUGUACAAGCAGUCACCUAUGCACUGCUUCCACUUGCAGCUGAACACAUCAAAUUUCCAGCAUCAAGACAGGCCAUGUCAGACAUUCAGGAGUAUUUUCUAACACAUUACCAUAUACCACAAGUCAUUGGAGUCAUUGAUGGUACUUUAAUUCCCAUCAGUACGCCUUCUGUGGAUGGCCAUACAUAUAUAUGCCGCAAAGGUUAUCCAGCAAUCAACUGCCAAGUGAUCUGUGACCAUAACUGUUUAAUCACAGACAUUGUUGCAAGGUGGCCUGGGAGCACACAUGACUCCUAUAUCUUUACCAACUCAUCUGUGGGUCAAGAGGCCCAAAACUCAAACGGACAUUGGAGGCUGCUUGGUGACAGCGGAUAUCCAUUGAGGCCAUAUCUGUUCACCCCUGUUGCUAAUCCUGUCAGUAACAGUGAGGCACAUUUCAACGAGGCUCACCGUGUUGCCCGAAGUACUGUGGAGCGCACUUUAGGAAGGUGGAAGCUACGCUUUCGGGCUAUUCACAAGUCCAGUGGUGGUCUUCUCUUUGUGCCACAAAAGUGCUGUGCUGUAAUAACAGUAACAGCUAUGUUGCACAACAUUGCAGUGAGGGCAAGAGUGCCCUUGGACAUCAGGGAGGAAGAUGAAGAGGUGGAGGAAGAGAAUGAAGUUGAGAUGAGAAUUCAUGAUGAUCAGCCAAGACAUGUUCAAUACAUGGCUGGGUUUGGGGCACGUCAGCAAGUCAUUGACACAUUUUUUUGA